UCUCCGCCCGAUCUUCUUCUAGACGUCUAUUCUCGACCGCGAGUCUCGACUUCCACGUGUCGAGUCAUCGAAAGUCUUACGGCGAUCCUUCACGGUCGAGCCUCGGCGCCGCUCGAGCGUCGCCGCGGAGUAACUCCGUCGCAAUGUUUACAUGCCACCCGCCACGGCGACCAGUUUAUCGAAGAUCCUUGUGUUUUUUCAACUACUCUGGGCCUUAUAACGUUACGGAUAAACGAUUUCAUUUCAAUUAUAACUCUUCCUGCUGGACUGCCCCAUUUAUAACCUCUCCGCGGCGGCCAUCGAGGAUCAACGGCCGCAGACCCCCUGCAAUACAAUCGGUCUAUACCAUCAACCCUUUUGUCCGAUUUCUCCGAGAGGAAUCCGCUUUCUAGAUAAUAAAUACAUGGACGACUAUGUAGGUGCGCACGGCUCACCUGCACGUGCCACGUACUGCUAGCUCACUUGGUAUAGUAGAAUGGCACAGCGAGGCAAACGCAUAAACAGAAACGACAAUGAUUUGGCGUCUUGCCCAGGCGCAAUCAAAAGGCGCAAAUGUAGGCUGGGUCCAGCGACGGGUUCGUCGUCGCUGGCAGCUACCAUGGGGCCCUCAGAAGAGGAGGAGACGAUGGCGUCGUCCAGUCAAGGAGGGGCAUCCUGGACCCCCAGACCUCUUAGUGAUAUCAAAAUCUCUAGUAUAUACAAUCGCUCCUCUGCUGAGGCUCCUGCAGAAUUGUUUCGUAAGGAUUUGAUCAGCGCAAUGAAAUUACCUGACAGCGAGCCACUAAGUCCCAAUGAAUAUUGGGUUAUUACUGAUCAGUGGAAGCAAGAAUGGGAGAGAGGUGUUCAAGUACCUGUCAACCCAGAUUCCCUUCCUGAACCAACAGUCACUAUUACACAGGCAGCACCCGUUAAACAGCACAGUGAAUUCAAACUACCUAAGAAAUUCGUAAGGAUAUCUCGCGAUGAUUACUUCAGUUCGGAAGACCAUCAUUUAAGCACAACACCGGCACGGGCAGAGAAAGCUUGUGCUUAUGAUCUUGAUGAUACUGAUAUUGCUUGGUUGGAUGUAUUAAACGGCGAACGUGCACAGUCUGGUCAGUUGCCAAUCACGGAAUCACAACUGGAACGUGUAAUAGAGGAACUGGAAGUUCGUUGUUGGGAAAGAAUACAAACUAUUGUAAAAAAUGAGGAAGGUCUAGGUAUCGAGUAUGACGAGAAUGUAAUCUGUGACGUCUGUAGAUCUCCUGACUCUGAGGAGGGGAAUGAAAUGGUAUUUUGCGAUUGCUGCAACAUAUGCGUGCAUCAAGCGUGUUAUGGAAUUACUUCGAUACCAGAUGGUUCCUGGCUAUGCAGAACUUGUUCUUUAAGUCAACGACCAGAUUGUGUUCUGUGUCCUAACAAAGGUGGUGCUAUGAAGUGUACUCGCAGUGGUCAAAAGUGGGCUCAUGUGUCUUGUGCUUUGUGGAUCCCGGAAGUUAGCAUCGGAUGUGUCGAAAGAAUGGAACCUAUUACUAAAAUAUCCAGCAUUCCGCAAAGUCGAUGGGCCCUGAUAUGUGUAUUGUGCCGAGAAAGGGUCGGUGCUUGCAUCCAGUGCAGUAUAAAGACAUGUAAGACGGCUUAUCACGUGACGUGUGCCUUCAAGUAUGGCUUGGAAAUGAAGGCAAUCAUCGAAGAUGAAAUGGCCGACGAUGGAGUAAAACUAAGGUCCUACUGCCAGAAACAUAGUAGAACAAAUACAAAAGAUAAAGUUCAAGGCGCAGGAGGCAGUAUAGGAAGCGGGGCUGACAAGGCAGGCUCAGACUCUGAAGAUGCAGAAUCCAGAAGGCGCAAGAGGAAAGAUAUGACUUCCGAGGAGAAAAAUCAAGCUCGUGCUGCGAAAUUGCAAGAAAUCGAAGCAGAAUUUGACAAACAUGUGAGUUUGAAGGAUAUUGCUUCACAGCAGUUAGACGUAGAUCCUGAAGGCAUCAUCUACAUUUAUAAUUAUUGGAAACUUAAAAGAAGAGCUGGCCAUAACAAGCCGCUGUUGGCCCCACGUUGUGGAGAACUUUCGGGUAGCGGAUCGCGUAAUCAGGGACAAGCUGCGGAUCUUGAGAAAAUGAGGACGUUCGUUCAAUUGCGCCAAGAUUUGGAGAGGGUUCGAAAUCUGUGUUACAUGGUCGGCAGAAGGGAAAAACUCUGUCGAUCUUUCCUCAGAUUACGAGAACAAACCUUUCAUAAGCAAGCCUUGGUAAUGUCCGGUCCGCCCUUAUCGCCAGCUGCGGCCGCAGCUGUAAUGGAAGCCAAUCACGGACCAUCGAUCUACGAUCGACUGUAUUCUCAUCCCGACUCGGAGGAUCACACACACGACUUUGACACGAUCGUUGCUAGAAUCGCUGGUAUAGAUUCGUCGACCAGCGACGAGAAGAAGACGCAACAGCAGCAACAACAACAACAACCGCAACAGCAGCAGCAACAAGACUUUAAUGGUGCCUCUAGUAAAAAAUUGUACUUCAACGGCUCCGUCCGAAGAAAGAACCUCUACGGUAGUGAUUUAUCGUCUAUCAGUAGCAGCGAGACAGACGCGACGAAGACGAAAAUAUCGGAAAAGUCGAAGAAUUUGAAGCUAGAGAGUGAAUCAAGCACGGAAGAGGAAACGAACGUUUCGUCGAAAACAAAGUUGUCGCGUAGAAAAAUUAAAAAGACUGCUCAACAAGUAGAUAAGUUGCACGCAACGCUUAAAGAAAAAAGUGAAAACGAGAAGCUAGUGAACAGUAGAUCGCACACGCUUCAGCACAUGGAGAAAGAGUUGGGAAGCGCUUCCGGCAGCGAAAGCGACGAAUUGCUUCCGCUCAGUGCCGGGGCGACGAAACACGUUGUUGCGUCUGCCAUUUAUUCAGACACCGACUCCGAUUCUCAGGAACACGCGUCUCAUUCAGCAGUGCUGAUUACGAAAGCAGCCGUCAAGGAAUUUUCCGCGGCGAAUUUGUCGAAAAAUUCGCAAAAGGGUUUCGGUAAAGAUUCCAGGCAUACGGAAUCAACGUAUCACAAUACAGGAACGAAAAAUAAAGAGAAUCAAAGUAAAGGUGGCGCUAAAAAGAAAGAGUAUAUACCAUCCGCGUUAAUUGUACCGCAAAGACAGGCUGCGAAAAAAGCAUCGGAGAUUAUGCAACGUACGCAACAAACCAAGAAAGACAAUUCAGUACCGGAAUCUACGCCAGAAGCAAUCAAGUCUCCCGUGGAGGAACUUCCGAAAUGUUCUUCGAAGCAAUCAAAAGACAAAAGUCCUAGCAAGAAACAGAGAGAAAACAAACCGUCGAAGGAGCCGAAAAAUAACGAUGUGUACGAUUUUGAUAAAGAAUUCGGAGAUGGGACGGAGAUAUUGGCGUACGUGCCGCAAAGGCAGGCUGCGAAAAAAGCUGCGGAACAUAUAAAAAGCGGUAUGGGCACUAAACCUCCCCAGCAAAUCGAACAAGAAACUUUUGAUGGUCGGUCGAAAAAGGAGUCUCCGGAGAGUGGUAAAAGAAAGGAACCCAGGAAGGAAGAUUCUUCCAGGAAAGAAGAGAUUUCUUCGAGGAAGGAAGAAACUUCCUCCCCGUCGUCAUCGUCUUCGUGCUAUUCUUCGUCCUCUUCGUCCUCUUCUUCGUCUUGUUCCUCCUCUUCCUCGUCGUCGUCUCGAAAGGACGUUUCUUCCGGCAAAGAAGAAUUAGUUGCGAAGAAGGAAGAAUCCUCGAUCAGGAAGGAAGAAGUUCUAUCGAAGGACAAUCGUUCUAGAAGACCUAGGAAACCGAGCGAGCGAAAGUCGGUGCUCUCGAGUAACAGCGAUAGUAACAGUAGUAGUAACAGUUGUAGUAGUUCCACUGGAAGCAGCAGCGAUUCCGAGAGUCCAAGACGUAGGAGGCUCUCGAACGAGCUUAAAGACGCUUCUGCUUCCACUACUUCUUCCGAGAGCGAAGCUGGUAACAGAAUAAAAACUAAAGCUACAACUGCGACAAUUACUGCCACCACUAUGAAUAGAAAGCAACAUUCAAAUAAAACGUCACCAGAACGCGAAGCUGACAGGAAACCAAUCUCAGGGCGGAAACUCAAGAAGCUGCCUGAGAAGAAGCUUAAAACUUCCGACGGGCGGCGGGGACCAGAGUUUCAGCCGCCUUCUGAGAGAGAGGAACCUCGUAGAACCUCCAAAGAUCAGCAGCACCAGCAACAGCAACAGCAACAAAACAAAAAACAACAACAGCAACAGCCGGAGGCAACUGUCAAGAAGCAGGAUCAAAGAGACAACAAAAAGCAACAACCAGCAGCAGGAACGGAGACUAAUGAGGAUCUGCUCGUUGGGUCUGGAGAUUAUGAUGGGUCGAGAGGUGUUUCUGGGACCAGACCUACCAAAAAGUCGAGUCAAGCUACCAAACAACAACAACAACAAUCCGUACCUAGAAAAGAGGAUAACAAGAACAAGUCUGAGGGUAGAAAACGAAAACCGAACGAAUCUGUUGCGAAGGAUGAAAAGAAAGAAACGAUCAAGAAGCCAGAGAAACGGUUGAACGAGAAACAGUCUGUCAAGGAGGCCGAGAAAAAGGACGAAGAGGAAAGUAGGAAGGACGAAGUGAAGGUUAUCAACGUAGAGAAGAGCAACGAAUGCACGGAGAGUUCCUCGAAGAACGACGAAAAGAAAGUUAAGAAACUCGUGGGUAAAGACGCGAUCAACAUUUUGGAAGAGGAGAUGAAACAACGCAGAGCGGAGAGAGACAGCCCGAAGAAAUCGUCGAGAGGUUUGGACAAGCUUUUGGAAAAACGGGAACACCUGGAUAAGAUGUCCAAGAAUAAGAAUUCGGAUGUGAAAUUGGAGAAGUCUGUUUACGAGGAAGAGAAGGAGGAGAAAGAGCCUGUGGAAGAAAUUCAACAGGCAACGGAAAGUAUAAAGAACGAAGAUCGCAAAAUCUAUGUUAACAACGAGGAUGACACGGCCAUCGAGAAACCGAAAGCGGAGGAGCAAUUGGAGGAAGAGUUGAUAAAGACGGAUGUUACCGAGGUGCCGCAUCUGGAAAAGAAGAAGACGGAUAGAAGCCUGGAAAACACCAUCGAUACGCAGAGUAUGGAGAUCAAUGUGCCCGCGGAGGAGAAUUUUCAGAAAGAAAUCAUCGAGCAAGAUGCCGUCAAGUCGGUCGUGGAGAAAGUUGACAAUUCGGAAAAGGAGCAUCAGAAGAGACGGAAGUCCUCGAAUCGAUCUAUCUUCUCGCCGCAGCAUGGCAAGGAUCCAAGCGUGUCGGAACUGUUCGAUUUCGAUCAGGAUAUGCUUACGGAAGAAAUGGUGAACGAAGACGGAUUCGGUAUAUCGAGAGAUCCGGAAGAGCGCGCCGCCCCGUUGAGUUUCUCUUUCAACAACGAGCUGUGGUUCAAAGAGGACUCGAAGGAGGACAGCGCGAGAGAAACCCUGCAUCUCGUCGAGAAAUUGCGUAUGGAGCUCUCGAAGAAAUCAAAUUCUAGUCAGUUCGAGUUAGAGACAGUACCUGUAGAUGGCGAGAUAAAGAAGGAAGAACUACCGGCAGAGAAGGUUGCUUUCGAGCAACAACAGUUGCAGCAACAGCAACAUCUGCAACAACACAAUCAGCAACUAGAGAAAGAGACGAAGAUCCUCGAGCCUACGAAACUAAUAUUGGACGCGAAGAACAACGUUGAGAUGCCUGUCGAGGAGGUAGCUAUCAACGAAGUCCGUUCCGGUAGCUGUAAAGACACGAUCGAGGAGAAGAGGAAAACUUGUUACACGAGCAGCAACGACAGAUACACGGUGUACGAGGAGGAUCGCGAGGCGAACAAGGUCAGCCUGGUGGAACGAUCGAAGCUGGACCGCGCCGAGACCGACGAAAGAUGGGUACCGCCGAGCAUCAACAGUUUCGAAGCCAGCGACGUGCAACACUUGAACGCUUUAAUGGAGACGCAGAAUCAUCGAUACGGCAACCAUCAGUUUCCCAACGAGACUGUUCAGGAAAACGAAUCUCUCGCGCGUUCCCAUCUAAACGCGGCGGCGGCGAGUCUGCAGGAACAGUAUCUUCUGCAGCAGCCGCACACGCUGCUUCACGGUCAGCAGGAAUCGCACGAAAGGACGAUUCUCGAUCAGCAGCUCCCCGAGGAGAACCCUAUGGAAAUGGUGAACAGGCAUCUGAUCGGUUUGCCGGCUUCGGAGGACGACCAAGCAGCCGAAAUGAUGGACAGAGUGCUCGAUAAAGACGACGACGUCGUCAGGCAGCAGGAAUACGAUCAAAAUUCUCCGUACAACGACGUAAACGGUCGGCCGGACACCAGGUGGGCGGAAAGUCAGGUCCUCCCGUCCCGUAGAUCCACAUCUUCGUCGAUCACUUCCGCCUCUUCCGCGGAUGAUCAUUCCAUUCCACCGUACAAGAACGUUCCGAGCAUUUCGUUUCCACCGUGUUCGAUGGAACCGACGUAUUAUACGGACGCGAGUUACGGUACCGGUCCGGUGUCCUUGUUUCCGCCUCAAUCAUGCGCGGCUCCGUUGCCGUACCCCUCGCCAGGACCGGCGCUUUUUCCGCCCGCGUUCGGGGCUGCUUUUCCAGCAACGCAAUCGCUGUUGCCGCACGUGAAGCCGCUCGACGACUCGAUGAACCUGCAAGCCUCACCGUGCACCGCGGCGUUCACGUCUUCCUCGCACAAUAUGGCGCUCACCGCGGCUAUGGUAUCACCUACGAAAAUAGCUACACCGCCGCCGCCACCUCCUCCGCCACCGCCGCAGGUCGUCGUCCCACCCGUCGAUACGAUCGACCGGGCGCAGCAACAACCGCAAACGCAAGUCACCGACUCGCCGUCCUUGCCCAUGAACUUCUUGAACGCCGUCGCGCCGGACAGUCACGUUAACGAUCCGAUCGUCGAGAACCUUCAGGAGGUUAUAACCGACAGCAAAACACAACACUCCGGAAAGAAAUCGCCUUCCAAGCCUACCAGGACCUCCGCCCGGGUGACUUCGCUGCAAGGAAAGUCGCCCGGGAAGUCUCCGAGGCAAGAGUCUCAGAAGAGCGUACCUGGGGCACGUGGCCGGGGCAGGGGGGCCAAGAAUUCAGCACAGCACUCUGGUUAUAGGGGACGUGGUCGCGGACGAGGCAGAGGACGCGGUAGAAGCGGACAGAACGCGGGACUGUCGUUGGUCUCUGGUGCGGCUGUCGGCCAACACGACGACUCUAUCCAGAACAAGCUGGUGGGAACGGUGUACGAUUUCGAUUCCGACGAGGAUUCGACCAGCGAAGCGAACAUCGCCGAUCUGCGCACCAUGAGGGAACGGAAGAAGUCGACGGACGCUGCUGCCGCGGCUGUCGAGAGGAGAGAUCCCGCGGCUGUGGCUUCGGAGAACGUUCAGUCGAGACUCUCCAGUCCUGGAGGCGCGAGAAAGUACCUGGAUGACAGGAGACUCUCUUGCUCGCCGGGUCACGAUGACUCCACCAUCGUGGAGAGCGAGUCGAACGCCGGGCAAAGCUUCGAUACCGUCCUACCACUUAUCCCUGGCCCCGUCGACAUGAGGACGUACAAUUCCACCCUGGACGCUUCAAGUUCUUCCACGUUGCACGGUCAGACCUACGAGAAUCAUUUCUUGGGCACGUUUACCAGCGUCUCGGCGAGCGAUCCUACUCUUCCGGAUAUCGAGGAAGACCUGGAGAAGGAGCUGAGGUCCGCGUUGAUAGGGAAACAGGGACAGGAAGACUGCUCGAAGCCGAGCUUCGACGCGAGCAUCGACGCCUCGUCCUCCGGCUUCGUCGACGCCAACAAGGUCUCGUUAACGGAUUCGAGGAAUCAGCUGAAGGUCAAGAUCAAAGGUCCGUUCUUGGACGCGAAUUACGUUCCGGCCUCGUCGGUGCCGCCGCUCGCUCAACAAGCGCCUGUGAUCAUCGCCCCGGCUGCCACCAGUGCUUCCGUCGCCUCCGGCACCUCGAAUCUCAGACGAAUGCGAAAGAAGGAGCUGCUCAGACAGUAUUGUUCUCAGGACAUGAACAUGGACGAACCGGGGUCCGGGAAUUUGGCCACGUCGGCGCCGAUUAUCAUGCCACCGAUCAAUCGUACCGUGAUCACGAUACCGAAGGCGGUCGCAUCGAUGACCAGCAUACCCACCAGAGAAGACUACAAGGCGGUCGUGGACGCGAACAUGGAGAAAAAGAGGAGAAAAGAAAGACCGGCAGGGUUCCUGGACGCGACCGAGGAGGAGGGAACCGGAGAGAGGCGGCGAGGCAGUGCUACCAACGGUGCUAGCUCCAGCAGCAACGCCACGGUCGGGAACACCGAUCGUCGAAGAGGCAGGCAGAGCAGCGGCGGUAGAUCGACGACCACGACGUCGACCACCACGACCAACAGCGGUCCGCCGAAGCUGAAGAUCAAGAUCGGUAACAGCAUAAUGGGUGGUCAAGAGAGCGGCCAGGACGACAGAACCAGGAUCAGACCGCCUAAGAAACGGCUGAGCAGCAUCCCUAGUAGCACGCCGAGCAUAGAGGAGUUGCGUAGGGAGAGCAUGAAGUUCAGACGCAUGAUCAUGGCUGGUUUCGACAACGACGAGAAACUCCGGGCGAAGAGCAAGAAGGAUAAGAACGGUAAACGGAAGAAACGGCAGUCGAGCAGGAAGGAGGCCAGAGUGCGUAUCCUCGAGGGUGGAGCCGCCCCGCCGAAAUUGAUCAUCAGAUUAGGGAAAGGGAACGAUUCACCGGACGAGCUACCGAUCUUGGUCACGGACGAGGAGGAGGAGGAGAAAGAGGAACGCCAUCCGACCGACAGCAGAGUCGGACCACCGCCGCCAGAACCGGUCAAGGACGAGACCGUUUACCCGGCGGUGGUUGCCACCAUCGAGGAGAAGCAACCUACCGAUCCCGACACUGGCGGCAGCGCGCCUAGGAAUGUUCGUUCGGCUAAGGUCACGCCGAUCAGGUUAAAAUUAACACGGUGCCAGGAGGGCUACGAACUGAAGGGCUCGCCGGUCCACGGUGCGGAGACUCUUCUAACAACGGAGAAAUCUCGGAGUUCCGAAACGACCAACGAGGAGACGAGGAACCCACCGGUUAAGAAUCAGGAGGAAGAGUCCUCCAGGGAGGAGGAGGACGAGGAGGAAGAGGAGGAGAGCAAUAGAAAUUCCGUGCAAAGAGACUCCACCGCGUGUCCUGCCGCGACAAGUAUACCGCAGGGAUGCCAAGUUAGGUGAUAAUUAAUGAUACUCGUGGAGUAAUGGAGCAGAGGACACGGUGCUCGUAACGAUAUUUUUACGGUCGAUCGAAAUGGAGUCGUUACAAUAUACGUUUGCCGGUUGCUAGCCGUGAAAACGCGUUGCCGUGAUAAGGUGGAAAAGCGUUCCGCAAGAUAAUCCAGUACUUGGUCAAGAAAUUGAUCGCGUAAAAAGGCCCAAUAUCUUGAGACAGGAAAUAGUUAGGGGUGUGUGGGUACUCGACAACGUCCGGUCAACUAGUGUCGGGUAUUUUGAUUGGAAUUGAGUCGGAAUUCCAAAAUCUUCUUGCCACGGAAGCAAAACACCGUAUUACGAAAGUAUUCGAACGAUUAUAGAGACAAAAUUGUAAUGAACAGAAUAUGUAAGUUACGCUUGAAGAUUUCAAGAUAUUAUCACUAGCGAUAGAACGCAACUAUCAGGGUUAUUUUGAAAAAACAAUGAUUUAAACGCCACAGGGAUCUCUCCUUGGCCCAUUAUUAUUUUAUCAAUGAUUUACAUACAAGAAUUUAGUAUCCGUGGCCCCGUAAAUCGUAUUCUUGCUUUAAACAAUACACAAUUUUAAUGUAGGAACAAUGUAUGUCAAUGUAUGUCCUUGUAAAAAAGGAUAUUUACAGUUAAAUUGCAUUAUUCGAUGAUAAUAAUAAUCUCGAACAACAUACGUGGCAUGAAAUUUUCGAAGUCCCGUCACGAUCUUCAAAUACUAGCGAGUUCGGGUACCCAUAAGCCUCUAAUAAGUAUUACUUCACGUUACAGAUAAUUCAGUUUUACUUGAAAAAUCCAGAAAAACCGCGUACCGCAAGAAAUCGAUGGAUCGAAAGUAUGAAAUCUUAAAACACGAAAUAUUAAAAUGGAUAACAGUCGAUAUGUCGAGGAAUAUAAAUUUUGUGAACGAUGCCCGCUAAAGCCUACGAUAUAUGGACAUCUUUUUGAUACGGUAUCUUUUAUGAUUUUGCGCAAGUUCGCACGAAAUCGUAACGAAAGAACUAUUUGUACUACGCUCGUUGGUAAUAUCUACAAAUUUUUUAUUCUUUCUUUUUUUCUUUCUUUUUGUUUUUUUUAUCGUCGUACACGUAAAGAAUCAUUAUUUUUCUUUUGUAUUAUUAGCGAACGACUUUUAUGUAGACUUCACCUUCUCACGGCGACAGAAACGCGAAACGAACGCUCAUUUCGAUGAGAAGAACAAGGUGAUAGCAACUUCUAAGAUGUAUACUCGUUUUCGACUCGCUUCAAACGGACAUUAUUCGACGUUAACGAAGAACCUAUGCUCCUCGAGGAAUCCGGUUUUAUUCUUAACAAAUACUCGAGAUGAAACGGGCGUGCCAUUUCGCGGCGACGACGACGAAAUGUCUAUGUUUUUCCUUGCGAAAAGAACAGACGAAGAACCGAUCGAGGCUGUUGACGAAGAUUUCCAGUGAAUCCGCCACGAAUUCAUCAGCCUGGCGUUUGCAAAACUUCACUUCAUUUGUCUUGUUUAUAAAAUUUUUUUUAAAGAGAUUGCGCGCGUGUUUGCUGCGUCUUGCGUGUGUGAGAGUGUGAAUGUGUUACGCGUGACAGGGAAUGAGAAACUAAACGAUCAAAAUGACACGUUAGGCGUGGAGAAUUCUUGUGACAACUUCGUACACGGCCUCGUAAACUACCUUCGCAGUAAGAACUAGUUAAUUGUACAUACUUGUAAUUUACGAUUGUAUUUAGUUUAAGUGGAUGAGACAAGAGAGUGAAGCGGAUGAGAGAAUGGGAGACUGAGAGAACGAACGCGUGAAAGAGAGAACUUUUGUAAUCAGUGCGAAGCUUACGUGAUGGCUGUGUUUUACCACGCGGUCCGAUCUUCCAGGCAAUCCUGGGCCGCGCAGAAAUGUUCGGUAACCCCCCAAAUCGCUGGAUCGCUCGAGUGUCCCAACCCCCCAACCCCCCUAAAAAAAAACCCCUAAACGGGGCGGUCGUUCGACAUUUUUACGUAGAGAGAAAUUAGCAUUAAACAAGACGGGCAGAGCGAACGUGUACUUCGGGCGAAGAAAUCCGAAGAAAAUGUAAUUAAUUAUCGUCUCGAGGACAAUCCAGCUGCCUAGCAGCCUUUUUCAUUCAAGUAAAGAAUCAAGUAAACAAUCGUAUAGUCUGUCCCGAUAGUUGCCCAAAAUUACGCAGUUGCCCAUAGAGAUAUAGGAUAUACACGCGUAGGCGUAUCGCGUUCAUCGUUCGAUCAAAGCAAAUUCGUAAGAACCGUUUAACGCCGCACGCAUUCAUCAUUGUUUUUUACAAGCUCAUUUGAUAUUAU